AUGAAAAGAUGGCGACCAUGCUCUUACCAGCGACCGUACACUCGAGAGUCACUGGCGGCCAUCGAGCACAGGAUCAGCAAAGAGCGGACCAAGAACACGAAGGAUAACAAGGUGGACCCCGGGACCACAGAGAAGCCCAAUCCCCGUGCCGACCUGGAGGCCAGGAAGGUACUGCCUCGUAUCUUUGGUGACAUCCCUGCAGGACUGGUCGGAGUCCCGCUGGAGGACAUCGACCCUUUCUACUUCAGAAAUCAGAGGACCUUUAUAGUACUUAACAAGGGAAAAGCCAUCUUCCGCUUCAGUGCCACAUCUGCGCUCUACAUAUUCAGUCCGUUUGAGUGCAUCAGAAGAAUCGCCAUAAGAACCCUAGUCCAUUCAUAUCCUUCCACUGCCUCUUAG